AUGCAGGACAGCCCACGUGUCGCCCAUCCGCACCUACGUGGCGUGCAGGCGAGCUCUCAUGGGUCGGACGCAGCGGGGCGCCUGCUGGCGGCGGGGGUCCGUGACUCGCGGCAGGGCGGCGCCUCAACGUGGGGCGGCUCGACAUUGGGCGGCUCGGCUUUGGGCGGCUCGACGUGGGGCGGUCAUGCGAGGGGCGGGACAACCGGGUCGCCUGGCAGGGACACGCGCCCUGCGCAUCCCGCCCCUCACUAUAGCCACGGAGGCAGGCAGCCAUGGACCAGCGCCCUGCCUUCCCCCCCUCCACUACUCUACCCCCCUACUUCCCCUUUUACCCCCCCACUACCUGUGGUGAUUCGGUUUGUGAGAAUUCUUAACAACCAACUCCUCUCAUCUCCUCUCCUCCCCCACUGCCCGUGGUCCUCAGCCCUGCGCAUCCCGCCCCUCACUAUAGUCACGGAGGCGGCAGCCAUGGACGAGCGCGAGGUGGCGGCGUUGCUGGCAGCAUCUGGGCAGAACGGACAACUCUUUCCCGCCCUGCUGCCGCCCGAGUCGCCGCCCGACGGCCGCCCGGUGCCUCGGAAUGUGAACGUGGCUCGCGUGCCGGUGGACCAGAGGAGAGUCAGGCGGGCUGAUGCUGCCAAGAUGAGGAGAGCGCUGGAUAAGAGCACAGUGACAGUGGGUCUGUACGUGAAGAAGGAAGAUCUCUCAGAGGAUUAUUACACUGAGGAGGGCGAGGAGGUGGGGGAGGAGGAGGGAGAGGAGGUGGGGAAAGCGGAGGAGGGGGUGAGGAAGGAGAGGAAGGGCAGUGCAGAAGACGGCAGUGUGCAUGUUGAGUUUCAUCUGCAUGUUGAGUUUCAUCUGCAUGUUGCGUUUCAUCUGCAUGUUGCGUUUCAUCUGCAUGUUGCGUUUCAUCUGCAUGUUGCGUUUCAUCUGCAUGUUGCGUUUCAUCUGCAUGUUGCGUUUCAUCUGCAUGUUGAGUUUCAUCUGCAUGUUGUGUUUCAUGUGCAUGUUGCAUUUCAUCUGCAUGUUGCGUUUCAUGUGCAUGCUGCGUUUCAAGUGCAUGUUGAGUUUCAUCUGCAUGUUGAGUUUCAUCUGCAUGUUGCGUUUCAUCUGCAUGUUGCAUUUCAUCUGCAUGUUGCGUUUCAUGUGCAUGCUGCGUUUCAAGUGCAUGUUGAGUUUCAUCUGCAUGUUGAGUUUCAUCUGCAUGUUGCGUUUCAUCUGCAUGUUGCAUUUCAUCUGCAUGUUGCGUUUCAUGUGCAUGCUGCGUUUCAAGUGCAUGUUGAGUUUCAUCUGCAUGUUGAGUUUCAUCUGCAUGUUGCGUUUCAUCUGCAUGUUGCGUUUCAUCUGCAUGUUGCGUUUCAUCUGCAUGUUGCGUUUCAUCUGCAUGUUGCGUUUCAUCUGCAUGUUGAGUUUCAUCUGCAUGUUGCGUUUCAUCUGCAUGUUGCGUUUCAUCUGCAUGUUGCGUUUCAUCUGCAUGUUGCGUUUCAUCUGCAUGUGGAGUUUCAUCUGCAUGUGGCACCAAUAUACAGGGGUCGUGGCCUCGGCACCAGGGUGCUGCAGAGAAUCCUCAGGGAGCUCCUGUCGAGGGGCAUAGGGGACAUCUCUGCUGUCGUGUGGCCCAACCAGCG